AUGGCAAAAACUAUACCAAGAAUUACUUCAUGUAGAAAUGCACGUAUUGGUUCACGUAGAAAUGUACGUAUUGGUUCACAUGUACGGGGUCGGGUAGUUUCUUGGUCCUCUGUCGGUAGUUGUGGGUUUAGGGGUACAAAACGAGGGACACCUUUUGCUGCUCAAACUAUAGCAGAAAAUGCUAUUCGUACAAUUGUGGAUCAAGGUAUGCAACGAGCGGAAGUCAUGAUAAGGGUCGCGGUCUCGGAAGAGACGUAG